CUUUCUCUCGUUCUCUCGUUCUCUCGUUCUCUCUCUCUCUCUCUCUCUCUCUCUCUCUCUCUCUCUCUCUCUCUCUCUCUCUCUCUCUCUCUCUCUCUCUCUCUCUCUCUCUCUCUCUCUCUCUCUCUCUCUCUCUCUCUCUCUCUCUCUCUCUGGAUCUCUCUCUCUCUCUGGAUCUCUCUCUCACUCUGUCUCUCUCUCUCUGGAUAUCUCUCUCACUCCGUCUCUCUCUCUGGAUCUCUCUCACUCUUGCUCUCUCUGGAUCUCUCUCUCACUAAUUCAGUUUAAAGAGCAAAUUAUUCAAAUCCUGCGGAUCCUAGGCUGCAGCUGUAUCCUAGCAACAACACCCCAGAAUCUCUAGAAAAACGACGCUGCUGACAUAGCACAUAGAGACAGACAGACAGACAGAGACACACAGGAAGACGGACAGACGGAUAGACACACACGAGGUAAGACCGAAGCCCCCCCCCCCCCCCCCCCCCCACACUGAGCGGUUUGCUGUUGCAGCAGACGAGCUACUGCACAGAGGAGGAGACGAGGAGAAGGGAGGAGGAGGAGAGGAGGAGACGAGGAGGAGAAGGAGGAGAGGAAGGAGAGGAGGAGGAGGAGCUAAGGAUGAAGAUGAUAACUGUUCUUUCAGGGCUGACCGACUGAGGCCCCUCCGGAUUGGUCCGUGGGGAUGAUUGCCACUGGAGGGAUCCUCCGUAUCAACGCCAGGCGCCAGGCUUCUCUUCACUCUGACACCAACCCUAAACCCCGCAAGAGGAAGAAGAGGAGGCGUAACGAGGUGGUGGUGGUGAAAGGGAAGCUCCACCUCUGUUCGGCCACUGGACUGGUGGCCGCCCUGGGCCUCCUCAUCCUACUGGUUGGCAUGGCGAUGUCCAUCCUGGGGUACUGGUACCGUGACGACCUCUACCUCAGCGACCCCGGGGGCGCCGGCCUGACCGUUGCAACGCCUCAGGAAGAAUCAGAGGGCGGAGAAAAUGGAGGAGGUCAGAAGGGAGAGAUGGAUGAAGGACGAGGAGGAGGAAACUUUCUCAUUAACAGAACUGAAUUCGUUAACAGAACUCAAUUCGUUAAUAGAACUCAAUACGUUAACGGUACUGAACAAACUCCACCAGAGGGCUUCCUACAAGAGCUCCUCAACAGGUACCUGUACUCAGACAGGAUGAAGGUGGUCGGGCCGCUCAUCAUGGGCGUGGGGAUCUUCCUCUUCAUCUGCGCCAACGCCGUCCUCCACGAGGAGCGCGACAAGAAGACCAAAGUAAUCAACCUCCGAGACAUCUACUCCACGGUGAUCGACCUGCACUCGCUACGCAAGCCCCCGGCUGAGCCCUGCUCCUCUGCCGACCCCCCCACCGGACCCUCCAACUACCUCCAUCCUGCCUCCCUAUUGGCUAAGAAGGGAGAAGGAGGUGAGGAGGAGGAGGGGGAGGAGAGGAACUGUGUGUUCACCAUCUACCAGGAGAAGCCCCUGGCGGCUCCUCCCUUAAGCCACGUGUACUCUUGGACCUCUUUCACGCUGCCCAACACAGGGACCCCUGCCGGCCACUCUGCCCAGCCCAGGAGGCUGUCUGCUGGGGCCUCCACUGGGGCCUUCACCCAGCCCAGGAGGCUGUCUGCUGGGGCCUCCACCCAGCCCAGGAGGCUGUCUGCUGAGGCCUCCACCCAGCCCAGGAGGCUGUCUGCUGGGGCCUCCACCCAGCCCAGGAGGCUGUCUGCUGGGGCCUCCACCCAGCCCAGGAGGCUGUCUGCUGAGGCCUCCGCUGGGGCCUCCACCCAGCCCAGGAGGCUGUCUGCUGGGGCCUCCACCCACCCGUAGCAUCCAGCUGGGUUUCUCCCAUAACUAAAAGAUCUUCCGGGAAUAAUCGAAGGGAAGCUUCUCAAAACCAUUAUGCCUUCACACAGACCAGACCGCUGGCUCCCAUGAACUGCCACUCUGCUUCUCCCCCCUCCCCCCCCCCCCCGCAGACGCAUCGACGCUAAUGGACUGGUCCAACGCUCCCCAAGUCCCCCAGAUUGUAUACGGGAUAUACCAAGAUCAGAUGAGGGGGAGACGACCUUCGACCUCCCGUCAGACUCAAGCUGGGACGGCCAGGAGGAGGGACACAGCUACCGUACAUCAAAGCUAAAAUUAAAAUCCAAAACUUCCUGUAGCUAUCCACAGGAACAGGAAGUAGAGGAAGUCACCUGAGCCUGAGAUGAUGUCACCCCACACAAGGUCAUCCAGCCUGGUCUAGGCUAAAGGCACAAUCUAGUUCAUGAGCGUCAACGACAACUUCCACCCUGCUUUAAACUAAAGAAAACCACGUAGCAUUGCACAAAUGAACACUCUAUAUCAGGGGUCUCAAUCUCAACUUACCUGGGGGCCGCUGGAGGUAGAGUCUGGGUCAGGCUGGGCCGCAUCAAGUAUUCCACAAAAAAAAGGAGCACAACUGACACAAUCUAAGUUAAUGAUCGGGUAAUAAUUAGAUCACGUAGGCUAUGUGAUCGCUGACAACAGGGGAUAUUUCAUAGUGGUUGGUGGAGAACCGGGACAUUUUAGCGUCCUUUGGCUUUUGUCGGGACUCAGGACACGCAACUCAAAAUUGGGACUGUCCCGGCAAAACCGGGACAUCUGGUCACCCUAUCACAAGUGAUAAAAAAGCGUGGCAAGCGACUCAGCAAAUAUGUGUGUUUGACAACAACGCGUGGGCCGCACUAACACUAAACUUUGAUGUCAAGUAGGGGGCCACAAAAUAUCAUCCCGCGGGCCUCAAUUGGCCCCUGGGCCGCGAGUUUGAGACCCCUGCUCUAUAUGAUAUAAAAAUAUUGAUAACAUUGUUGAGGUGUCCGCAAAGAACUCUUGCUCUCGCAAAUCUUACCAUCAAGGCACAAUGCACCUGAUCAAUCAAUAAUCAUUUCACCUGAUCAAUCAAUGCACAAUACACUUUGGGAUGAAUCAAUGGACAACACGACUCCUGAUAAAUUAAUAACUAAUACACCUCCUGAUCAAUAUUCAAUAACUUCCUGAUCAACCAAAAAUCAAUACACUUCCUGAUGAAUCAAAGCACACUACACCUCCUGAUCAAUCAAUAAUCAGUACACUUCCUGAUCAAUCAAAGCACAAUACACCUAAUCAAUCUAAACACACAAUAAACCUGUCCCUAUGUUACCUGUCCACCUGUGACCUGUGUACCUGUCUUUUACCUGUUUGUACCCGUCUCCCUGUCUGUUACCAGUCUGUUACCCCUGUUACCCUUUUACCUGUCUCUCUGUUAACUGGUGUUAACAGAGCACACCUUCAAACACCCUCAAACUACAACAUGACCUGCUAGCCCCAACCUUUGCUGCAGCAUAAUGACCCUAUGCACAUGAAUCAUGCACAUGAAUGAACAGAGAGCCGGGUGCAUUCCAUGAGAAAUAAAGUACUUAACAUGUC